AUGGAAACAAAGCCUGUCCCACUGCCCGGAGGGAGCCAUGGCUGCAGAGAGCCCUGUGGAAAGUCUCCAGGAGGAAGCGACAUGUCCCAUCUGUCUGGACUAUUUCACAGACCCUGUCACUCUGGAGUGUGGGCACAAUUUCUGCCGAGCCUGCAUCGCCCAGUGCUGGGAGGGACCCGACACAGCCGCCUCCUGCCCUCAGUGCAGAGAAACUGUGCAACAGGGAAACCUCAGGCCCAACGUGCUGCUGGGAGACAUGGUAGAAAUCGCCAAGCGGCUGAGUUUCCAGGCAGCGAAGGGAGCAGGAGGGGGCGGGGUGUGUGGGGAACACCAGGAGGCUCUGAAACUGUUCUGUGAAGAGGAUCAAACCCCCAUCUGUGUGGUGUGCGACAGAUCCCGGGCUCACCGCGCGCACAUGGUGGUUCCCAUAGCAGAGGCUGCCCAGGAGUACAAGGAAAGAAUCCAGGCCCAUUUGAAGACUCUGAGGGAAGAGAGAGAAAAGCUCCUGGGAUUGAAAGCGACUAGAGAGGGGAAUAGCCGGGAGUAUCUGAAACAAACACAAACCAAGAGGCAGAAGAUUGUGUCUGAAUUUCAGCAACUGCGGCAGUUCCUGGGGGAACAAGAGCAACUCCUGCUGGCCCAGCUGGAGAAGCUGGAGGAGGAGAUUGUGAGGAUCCAGAAAGAAAAUGUCAGUCAACUCUCCAAACAGAUUUCCCGUCUCAGCGAGCUGAUCAGUGAGAUGGAGGGGAAGUGUCAGAAGCCAGCGAGUGAAUUCCUGCAGGAUAUUAGAAGCACCUUGAGCAGGUGGGAGAAGGGGCAGUUCCAGCAGCCAGAAGAGAUUUCUCCUGAACUGGAAGAGGGAGUCAGCGAUUUCUCCUGGAAAAUGAUUGUGCUAUCGGAGACUCUGGGGAAGUUCAAAGACACUUUGCCGUCUGCACUAGAGAUGAAAAGAGGAGGAUCCCUAGGAACAUUCAGAGAGGCGAAUGUGACUCUGGAUCCAGACACGGCUCAUCCCCACCUCGUCCUGACUGAGGACUGGAAAAGUGUGACACGGGGAGACACACGGCAGCAUCUGCCCAACACCCCUGAGAGAUUUGACACUAAGCCCUGUGUGCUGGGCUGUGAGGGAUUCACCGCGGGGAGACAUUGCUGGGAGGUGGAGGUGGUGGGUGGGGGAGGCUGGGCUGUGGGGGUGGCCAGAGAGUCUGUGAGGAGGAAGGGAUGGAUCAGCUGUAGCCCUGACGGGGGGAUCUGGGCUGUUGGGUGGUUGGGGGAUCAGUUCUGGGCUCUCACCUCCCCUGAGACCCCCCUGCCCCGGCGCCGAUUCCCCAGCAGGAUCCGGGUUUGCCUGGACUGUGACCGGGGGCAGGUGACAUUUAUCGAUGCUGGUGACGAGGCCCCGAUCUUCACUUUCCCGCCGGGCUCCGUCCCUGGGGGGAGAAUCCGCCCCUGGCUCUGGGUGUGGCUGGGAUCCCAGCUCAGACUGUGUCCCUGAGGGAGGGCGGGGGGGUGUAAUCCCACUGCAGAACCAGAAAUCAGCCUUUCUAGUGUCACACACGCCAGUCUCUGUGACCUUGGAGGACUCCUGUCUACCCAGCCCCUUGCUUCUCAUAGCUAUGACCUGUGGA